AUGGCUGCUCGUUCACCAUCACCUCCGCCACCAGGUCCGCUGCCGAUUCGACGUUUGCAAGAAUCAGUCAUCAACCGUAUAGCAGCUGGAGAAAUCAUCCAUCGUCCAGCGUCUGCCCUCAAGGAGCUUAUUGAGAACAGUCUCGAUGCACAGUCCACGUCUAUCCGCGUUACGGUUAAGGAUGGUGGAAUGAGACUAUUGCAGAUUCAAGAUAAUGGAUGUGGCAUCCGCAAAGCUGACUUGCCCAUUCUGGCGGAACGAUUUACGACGUCCAAAUUGUCUAGCUUUUCAGAUUUAGCGCAUAUAGCCACCUAUGGUUUCCGUGGGGAGGCGUUGGCCUCUAUAUCCUACGUAGCGCAUCUAAUGGUUGUCACCAAGACUAAAGCAGACGCCUGUGCAUGGAAGGCAAUAUAUACUGAUGGUGCACUUACCCCAACGAAAGGUGCGACUUCGGCAGAGCCCAAAGCUACCGCAGGCACCGAUGGUGGAAAACCUGUUCUACAAUACUCCGACACGUCUGUCAGCGCUUCGCAGCUCUUCAGAAGAGCUGGCUCAUCAGGGCCCGAAGUAUCAACGCCUUCGGGAUCAACGACCGAGCAGGCUAUCCGCUUGCUCUAUGGCCAGACAAUUGCUAAGGAUUUGCUGCAUACGACCGUAUCGUCACAGUCGGCCGAUACGACGUCCGAUGACGAAGAAGACGCCGAUGGAGUCCCUCAAUCGGGCUCUUGGUCUGCGGAAGCGCAUUUCACCAACGCGCAUUACCAGGCUAAGAAGAUGGUACUACUACUGUUCAUUAAUCACCGUCUUGUUGACUCGUCGAGGAUCAAGAAGGCUUUAGAGAACGUGUAUACCGGUAUUCUUCCUAAAGGUGCCUCACCUUUCAUAUACCUGAGUAAAGUCACCAAAGACAUGCUCAGUUUACAGAUCGACCCGCAAGCGGUUGAUGUUAACGUUCAUCCGACGAAGCGCGAAGUGCACUUCCUCGAUGAGGAUGUCAUCAUUGAACGGAUAGCAGAUGCAUUACAGCAGAAGCUCGUGGGGCAGAGCCAGUCUCGAGUAUUCGAAUAUCAGACUCUUCUUACAGGCGGCAUUGCUGAAGUCCAGCGAGACAAGGGGAAAGGAAAAGAGAGGGAGAUUGAUCUCCCUAUGGAGGGCGAAGAUGAUUCGUCGAUGUCGGCGCCCUCAACUCAACUCAAGAAGAAAGUCCUGUCACAGCACAAAGUGCGAACAUCUUUAACAGACCGCACGCUUGAUUCCAUGUUCCCGGUCAUCAGUCCCUCUCAGCAGCCUAGCAGUGAUGCAGCGACGGGGACAACUAAUCGGACUGCCCAAGAAGCGACGCCAGGUACCCCAAGAGUACGGGAGAUCAAGGAGUCCGAAUGUUUCCUCACGUCUGUUCGCGACUUGCGGCAAGCUGUGCUCAAGGGCAGACAUAGACGUCUAAGCGAGAUCGUUCAGAAACAUACGUUCGUCGGCAUCGUGGACGUCAACCGGUGCUUAUCACUCCUCCAACACUCUACUGAGCUGUAUCUCGUCAACCAUGGGGCAUUGACAGAGGAAUUGUUCUACCAGCUCGGACUGCGACAGUUCGGUGACAUGAGUCGUUUCAAGCUUGAUCCUGCCCCGUCUGUUCGCAAGCUGGUUGAGCUUGCGAUCGAUGCCGAGCCGGGCACCGAACGCAGUAGUAUGUCCAUAUCAGAGAUCGUCGAGCGAAUAGUAGACACACUGAUGACUCGUCGCGAGAUGCUUCGGGAAUACUUCUCUCUUUGUAUCACUUCAGAUGGACUUGUACAGAGUCUGCCUAUGCUGCUUCGAGACUACACGCCGAAUCUCGACAAGCUUCCGCUUUUUCUGAUGCGACUUGGUCCUCAGGUCGACUGGACGUCGGAGAAAGAAUGUUUCGAGACGUUCCUGCGUGAACUCGCGUACUUCUACGUUCCAGAGCCUCUGUCCCCAGUGCCAGAACCAAAGAGCGACGACGACAGAGCUGAACAGCAGGCCGUCAAGUGGCAAAUCCAACACGUCCUCUUCCCUGCUGCGGCUAGAUACCUCGUCCCUCCAAAAUCGCUUCUCGACAGAGACGUCGUGCAAGUCGCCAGUCUACCGGAUCUGUAUCGUAUUUUUGAGCGGUGCUAA